AUGAGCAACGAUCUCACGUUUAACUACACUUUCAGUUGGCCGGCUGGCCCUAAAGAUGUUAUCUUGACAGGAACGUUUGAUGACUGGAGGGGCACAUUACCCCUCGUGAAGACUGCUAGGGGCAAUUUCGAAAUUACUAUCCCUGUUAAGCUGGCUAAUGAGCAUGACAAGUUUCAAUUCAAGUUCAUUGUUGACGGGAUUUGGUGCGUUAGUGACUCUUAUAAGAAAGAGCAUGUUAGUGAGGGGAUUGAGAACAAUUUCGUUCAAAUUGUUGAUUUGGUUGAAACACAGGAAAUCGUGGGAGCCAGUAAAAUUCCGGAGGCAGGUGGUUUGAUAUGUGGUAAACUGCCUCGCGCAACUGGUCCUCCUUCUACAAGUAAUAGAAAGAAGAGCAAAAGGAACAACAAGAAAAGAAGAUCUAAAUUAAAGAAGAAGAAUACUAAAAGCAAUAAGAAGUCCAAUGAGAGUUUGGAUGAUAAUGGGGAAGGAAAUGAGGAAGAAGAUGGUGUGACUGGAACUACGACUGAAGAUGCCACUGGCACCUCGAGAGAAGAAACUCCAUUAGCGGAACCCAUGGAUUUUUCUAAUGCAUCUUCAGAUAAUUUUCACAUCCUACCAAUCGAUGAAAAUCUAAACGCCACUCAACUAAACAGUGUUAUCGGUGGACCAGGACCAGUCCUUCUUCCUAACUCAAAUGAAAUUAAAGAGUUCACCGAAGUUCGAGAUGUGGAUGCUAAGGAGUUAAACGAAAGGCUAAGCAAAAAGGAACAAGUUACAGAACCUGCUGUAGUCGAACCAAAAGUUGCAGAAUCGAUUCCUGAACCUUCACAAACGGAUGAUCCCAUUGUUGAAAUCAAGGAAGCCGCUCCUAAGGUACAAGGACUUGCCCCAAAACUAGAAGUAACUACUCCGGUAGAAAAUGAGCCUGAACCUUUACCUACUCCAGAUGCUCAAAUAUCUGUUCCCGAAUCAUCGAAAGUUGAGCCAGCAGAGAAGCAUGAACUUACUGAGAACGCAUUAGACAGAUCUAAAACAGGAGAGAUGCAACCUAAGCAAGAACAAGUAUUUACUUUAGAUCCGAUCGUUAACCAAGAUUCUAAACCAACCUUAGCUGGAAAACGCGAAGUUGAAGGUAAGAAAUCAUCACAGGUAUCUGAAGGAAAAGAAAAGAAGAAGAAACAAGAAGGAAACGAAAUCAAAGAGGUCAAAAGGUCAGAAUCUAGCAGAGAGAAGAAGUCUUCUACCAAAGUAGGUAGAAAGCAUUCUAUAAAAGUUCCGAAGAAGCAGACAACUUCUCCUCUGUCAUCUACAUCAGAAGAACCAAAGAAGAAAAAGACUGGUUUUUUCGGCAAAUUAAAGAAGCUAUUUAAAUGA